GGUACCCUGAACUAUUAAAACGCACGCAGCUGUAUGUUAUACCUAAACUUACCUGUUCGUGGUUAGUACUGGGCGUUUGACAACAUGUCUUAUUGGGCUGUUCUGCUGUCCUUACUGGCCUUAUUGACCACUGUCCGAGGCCAUGGGUUUUUGAAGAGGCCUGCACAGCGGUCAACUGUGUGGAGAGAAGGACUGAAUCCUGCUCUCGUAAAAAACUACAAUGACAUGGAGGUAAACUGCGGAGGUGCUGGGAGACAAUACAGCGAAACAAAUGAUGGUAGAUGCGGAACCUGCGGAGACGCGUUCGAUGGUACACGUGACCACGAGCUUGGCGGCAAGUACGGCUCAGGUUAUAUAUCCCCGAAUGCUGUAUACACUCAGGGGCAGGUAAUUCCAGCUGUUGUCGACAUCACUGCCAAUCACAAAGGUUGGUUUGAGUUUCGAAUAUGCCCAGCCAAGAAUAACUAUACACCCGUGACCAAGGAAUGUCUAGAAAGCAAUGUUCUUACCCUCGACGGAGGCUCGACCAGGUACAUCCUACCUUCAACUACAAAAGGCGACAUCGCUAUUAAUGUCCAUCUACCGGACGACCUAUCAUGUGAUCACUGUGUUCUGCAAUGGUAUUGGAAAGCAGGGAAUUCAAAUAAAAACCAAGAGACUUUCGUCAACUGUGCUGAUGUGACCAUUAAUGCUCUAGCAGUCCAACCAAGUCCAUCACCAACAACGACAUCAACAGCUGCAAUGCCGAACUCCUCCACACUCCCCACUACCACACUGCCCUCGACCAUGGCCUGUUACCCUGGUCAGUCACGAGUUUGUAGAUGGACUGGACCCGACAACCCAAUGAUGAACCAAAGCCAACUAGACGCCUUUUGUGCGAGUACGUCAUCCGGUGCAUUUUUUGAGAUGAACUGCAGAUGCGGUUGUGAGUGGUCCAUGGUACCAGGGGAUUGUACCGGGAUACAACGAACGUGGGAAAACAUUCCCAAUGCGGAUCCGUUCUGUGCAGCUAACUGUGGGCAAUGCCCGACAAGUCACUGCCGUUGCUAAACACACAGACAUUCUCACUAGAUAUUGAACUGUUCAUUGAGUUUUCUAUUCCUUAAUAAAUCGAUAAUUCCUCGUAAAUGUAAUGUUGGAAGAAUUUUUGAAUUAACGUUAUCAAUAAACUAUGAUGCAUGCUA